AUUUAUGCAACUUCCAGGCGGACGUUUACGUAACUGUACCCAUAGAUAUCUAUGAAUGUACCGAACAGCGGACGCAUGCCGGCUGCAAACUAAACUUACCCUCCGUUAAACUGACCGUUUGUGGUGCUGCUACGGUAACAUGGCCGGCUGUGCCUUUGCGUCCAAACUGUCCCCGCUCGUGAGGGGAAGCUUUUGCGGUAAAGUGUGCUGCCCCGCCGGGCGCACGGCAGCCGUCCGUGCGUUCUCGCGCGCCGUCACCUGUACCCAGCUGCAGCCCGUGCAGGGCACCGGCGCUUUAACGGGGAAAGUGGACCGAUUCGGUGGAGUGAUGGUUAAUCUGGCGGACACCGGUCUACCGGCGGACAUCAGCGAGAGUUCAUUCAGCGGUUUACUGCGAGAUUCUUUAGUCCAGUGGAAAGCAGACGGGAAGCUAGCGGUGUGGCUUCGAGUUCCCAUCUCACUGAGUCGAUGUGCUGCGGCGGCUUCAGCUCACGGCUUCACCUUCCAUCACGCCAAAAACGAUCACACCGUGCUGGCUCUGUGGCUGGGAGAGGGCGAAAGCAGACUGCCGGGUUUCGCAACUCACCAAAUUGGAGUGGCAGGUGCCGUUGUUGAUGAGUCCAGUGGGAAAGUUCUCGUCGUCCAGGACAAAAACAAGACAAAGAAUGCUUGGAAGUUCCCCGGUGGUUUGUCCGAUCCAGGAGAAAAUAUUGGUGCCACCGCCGUUCGAGAAGUGUUUGAGGAAACCGGCGUCCGCUCAGAGUUCAGAUCUCUGCUCAGCAUCCGGCAGCAGCACAACCACCCCGGCGCCUUCGGCAUGUCGGACAUGUACAUCAUCUGCCGACUGAGUCCGCUCACCUACGAGAUCAACUUCUGCACUCAGGAGUGUCUGCGCUGCGAGUGGCUGGACCUCGGCGAGCUGGCCAAAACCAACGACACCACGCCCAUCACCGCUCGCAUAGCCAGACUCCUGCUUCACGGCCUGGAGCACGGCUUCGACAGGGUCGACCUCACCAUGGAGGAGCUCCCUGCCGUCUACUCGGGGAUGUUUUACCAGCUGUACCACAGACAGCUUCCUACACCGCUGAAAUCAUAGGACGCCAUCGAAUCAGCAUGUUAUGAUUUGCUAUGCUGAAACAUGGCUGUCAGUAUUACUCAUAUUUAAAGUGUAUUUAUGACUGGACUGUUACUGUAGAGGAAGUAUGGUGCAAUAGGUUUUCAACUACAAACAUACUGACUUGGUGGUUUUUUUUUUUACUACCACUUGGGUACUUGCAAUUACUGCAGUUUCAUACGGUUUAUUGAACACUUUUUGGUGUCCAGAAGGACUGCAAGCAGCUGAUUUGAAUUUUUUUUAAGAUAAUUGUUCUGAAUCUGCUGUAUUACUGAUUGGGAACAAAAGAUGUCACCAUCAUUUUAGCUUGUUAGCCAACUAACCACCAGUCUUAACUCUAGCAGCUAGUAUAUAAAUAUAGUAUUAUCAAUUAUGCUGGCUGCCUUGCUAAAUUAGCCCACUGGCUAGUUAAAAAAUAGUCAAAACCAUUCACUGAAUAUUAUAUAAUUAACUUAUUAAUCUAGAGUGAAUACUGAAUAGUACAAGAAAGAUUUUUAAAUCUCGUGUGGACAUUUUUCAUUUUGCCAAAUUAAAUUUUAUACUACAAGAUCCAAGACGAUUAAAUACAAUUACAGUAAUGUAGGCUCCCUCUCAUCGAGGAGACAUUAUUUAACAGAACACCGCAGUUAAAUUAGGCUAUACUGUCAUAAACUAAAGGUUAGAAAGCAGACUUUUGCUGUGAGGGAGGUUCUACAGAUAAAAAAAAAAAUUAAAUUGUGCUUUGAUGCCGUUCAACUGAGGUGCACUUGAGCGAGGCGCCUGGCUCCAGUUGCUGCAGUGUUGACAGUAAAAUUCUGGUUUUACAGCUAGGUAUAAAUGUGUUGCAAAGUAAAGCUGGAUAAUAGCAGACGUGUUCAGGAUUUCUUAAAAAAAAAAAAAAAGAA